AUGACAACCACAAAUACUGGAGUUUUUAAGGAUUCCCCAUGGGUCAUGGCUUCUCCCCUGAAGGUCUGCUGUAAAAACGCCGGCGUGAAAGUCCUUGCAAACUUGGAAAAGUCGCUGGUAAAUUCAUUAGCAAGUGUCGAUGUGCUAAUGUCACUUAUCAAAACCCUUGUCCAAAGAGCUAGAACCCUUGUUAGAACCCUUGUCAGAACCCUUGUCAAAACUCUUUUGUCACAGAAUGCCGAGUAA